ACGGGGCUUAUGAAAACCAUAUGACAUGCUCUGAAAAAGAAAGAAACGCACAGUUCACUGCACCUCCCCCCCCAUUCUGACACACACAUCCACAAAGCCCCCCCUUCCAAAAACAUACAAUUUUUUUUUUCUCAACUCCCUCCCUCUCUCCCCUUCUGCCCACCCUUCUUCUUGCUAUAUCUCCCUCCCUUCACUUCUCUCCCCUCCCACCCUGCUCUCUGAAAUCUUGGGACAAUCUGCAUGCACUCAACUCUAGCACAGAUCUGUUUCAGCAGGCUAGAGUAAAGAGCAGAGCCAGACAGUGAGAAAGAAAGGGUUCAAAUGAAGAAAGAAAAGUUCAGAUAGACAAUAAAAGUGGGCCAAGAGAGAAAGCUAAAGAAACUUUUCAAAGCAAAGAUAUAAAAGUGUGGAGAAAGUCAGGGUGAGAGACAGGCGGAGAGUGGAGAGAUAUAUAUUCAGCUCUGAAAAAGAAUGGGCUCCCCGGUGAGCAGUGCUGCUACUCUCCUCUUAACCUCCUUGCUGGCUUUGCUCUUUGGACUUUCUUCUGUCCUGGGUCAGGAUUUGAGAGAGAGGGAUGCACUAUGCAAUGCUGACGGCUGCUUUGUGGUCUACUUCCAACGCAAGACCUUCCUGGACUCAUGGCGGGCCUGCAAGGAAAAAGGUGGCAACCUGGCUACCAUCAAACGCAGGGAAGAUGCCACCACUAUUUCAACUCUCUUUUCCACUCUGGACUUGCGCCACUCACGCACCACUGUCAGGGUAUGGAUUGGUCUGCAGCGCCAGCCCCGGCAGUGUACCACCACACGCCCACUGCGGGGAUUCUCUUGGACGACUGGUGACCAGGACACAGAGUAUACCAACUGGCUGAAAGAGGACUCCCAGAGUACGUGCUCAGGGCCACGCUGUGUGGCUAUGGGCUACAGCACUCAGGAGCAGAGUGAUAACUACAAGUGGCUGGAUGGUUCCUGCUCAGUCUCCGUAGAUGGUUAUCUUUGCCAUUAUGCCUACAAAGGAAUGUGUCCUGCCUUGUGGAGUGAAGGGGCAGGCAAUACCCUCUACACCACACCAUUUAAUCUUCUAAGCACACUGCUAACUCAUAUACCCUUUGGAUCUGUUGCUACCAUGCCCUGCCCAGCAGGCACUAAGGAGCAACAAUCUGUUUUAUGUAUGCUGAAGGACGAUGGCUCAGUGGGGUGGUCAAGAGAUUCCCCCCUGUGCUCUGAACCCCAGGUAUCACACAACUGGUGUGAUCAGAAUAAUGGCGGAUGUGAGCAUUUCUGCCGGCCAGCCGGAGUGCACACCACCUGUGACUGUGCUGAUGGCUAUCAACUCAGAGAUGAUGGGCAGACCUGUGAGCUGUCCGAUGUUUGUCAAGACGCUCCUUGUGAGUUUGAGUGCCUGCCCCUCUCAGAUGGCUACCGUUGUGCCUGCCCUGAAGGAUACAUGCUUGCGCCAGAUGAACGUGGUUGUCUGGAUGUAGACGAGUGCCUCCAGAGUCCUUGUGAGCAGCUUUGUGUGAAUGCUCAGGGAUCAUUUGUAUGUCAAUGUCGGGAGGGUUACUUUCCAGAUGUUGAGGGCGGGUGUGAGGAUAUAGAUGAGUGUAUGACUGACCCAUGUGCACACGCCUGUGAGAACACUCAAGGCUCUCAUAUCUGCCACUGCCAUCUGGGUUAUUCCCCGAUGCCUGAGGACCCCAGUCAAUGCCAAGACACUGACGAGUGCCAGAUCCCUGGGACCUGCCAGCAGAUGUGUGUGAAUUAUGAAGGUGGAUUUGAGUGCUACUGCGGGGAAGGCUAUAAACUCUUGUCUGAUCAAUACUCAUGUCGCAAGAUAGGUGAAGGAGAUGACCAAUCAGCUGUCACCCCUCCUUUUCCUUGGGUCUGGACCCAGCAGCUGAGCAACACUGAUUGGCCUAUAGGGGAGGACCCACCUCUGGAUUGGCUGACUGACCCACCCACAGUUUUGAAUCCUGAUGUCAUUUGGGUCACCAGUGCCCCUCAGGAGGAAACUCUCUCUCCAACACAGGAGGCUGAGGAGGAUGACAAUGGGGGAGCUGAUUGGUACGAACAUGUUCUUACAUCUGAUUAUGAGCAGGAAAUUUUGCCAACAACCAUCUACACCACGCCUCCAACCACCACGCACUCCAGCACUACCCCAGACUGGUACGAAGAUGACGAGGGUGACGAGGAGGAGACCACCACAGCUCUCCCCUUCCUUUCCACCUCUACAAUCUCUGAAGGAGCUUGGAAUUGGUGGGCAGGGUUCCCCACUUCCAGCCACAAGGAGGAGGAUUCAGUCACGGACCUCAACAUGCCUACGGAUUCCAGCUACUACAGUGAGGAAGAAGAAGAACUGUACCCCCUUAGGGAAAACUCUCUGUUCCCAAAGGAGGAGUUAGGGGAGAAAGAAGAAAAGAACUAUGUGGAAAUCACACACCAAGACACAGCUGUUCCCACCCAGCUUACUCCUACCCAGCCACCCCCAAGCGAGGGUGGAGACAGCGUUGACAUUAUAGAUCCUGUCCAGCAAGACAGGGGGCAGAAGGAGAGCAGUACCUGGCUCCUGGUGGGCCUCCUAGUGCCCAUCUGCAUCUUCAUUGUAGUAAUGGUGGCGCUGGGCAUUGUCUACUGCACUCGCUGCGCUGUCCACACACGCAACAAGAACGCCACUGACUGCUACCACUGGAUCUCUGGGGCUCAUGAUAAACAGGGAGCUCCUAACCCCUCAGCAGGGGUCAAGACCCAUGUUUAAACAGAGGAGAGAAAGUGACAUUUAUAUAAACAGACUCUUCUUCAGAGGUAAGCAGCAGUGAAUAAUUGACCUGGUGAGGGACAAGCUAAAUGUUUUACCCUCUCUGACUGUGGGACUGGUAACUGAACAAAUUUGGAUAUUACUGUUCAAUAUCAAUUGAUAGAGGGAGAGGAGGGACACUGAAUACCACGGAUGUGGUACAAACUGCUUUGAUGUUUCAUACACUGACCACACAGCACAAGAUCCAGUUGCUUCAUCAUUGCACUGCAAAAAAGGUGUCUAAAACAAGAUAAAAACACUAAAUCUGAGGGAAAUGAUCUUGCUGCAUGGACAGAUAAUUUCACUUGACAAGUUUCUUAAAUUAAGAUUGUUAAAUCUAGAAAUAAGCAUGUUGAACACUUGAAAUAAGAAAAUAACUCUUAAAACAAGAUAAAUGAUCUAAAUUUUAAAGUUUUUUUUAUCUUGGUAAGAAACAAAUAAUUGUCAAGUCACUCUGCUCGGGCCAGUUCAUCGCUGCUGCAGCUUUAAUUUAUCUUGUUUUAAGAGUUAAUUUCUUAUUUUCAGCUUUCAACAUGCUGAUUUCUAGAUUUAACAAUCUUAAUUGAAGAAAUCUUGUCAAUUAAAAUGAUCUGUCCAUGCGGCAAGAUCAUUUCCCUCAGAUUUAGUGUUUUUAUCUUGUUUUUAGACACACCUUUUUUGCAGUGUGCACUAGGCUAAUUAUAUCAAUUAGUGUCUUCAUUAGUUAUGUCCAAAAACCGUGUAAUCAUUUAUUCAUUUCAACAGUUCACAGCUGAAGCCAGACCCUGCAAAGAGCCUUGGAAAUCAAGGUAUUGAUGACAAAAGCAUUCUGCCUUUGCUAUGAGGUUUCCUCAAUGCAAAAUCCUCAGGCUCAGUUUAUUUCAAUAGCAUAUCACUGUAGAUAACUGUUACUGUCAACUGUGCUAAAGGGAUUUUGAUGCAUUGUUAGCUCACAUCAGCAGUGGGUGAAAGGAGACUGUAAGCAAAUAUCCAUUCAAGAGAAAAGACAUUCUGCAGUCACAUGAUAUCGAUGGGAAAGCAGUCGUUUGAAAAUCACUGUUGAAUGUUUGAUAGGAGACCAAAACCUUAUUUGUAUAUAAAGAUUCUUUUGUAUUUAUGUUGUUUCAUACUUGUCACCAGCCUUUUUUCUUUUAGCAAAUGUAACAAUUGUAAUAUUUCAGUGACAUGCCUUUUUUAUGGAUCCCAUAAACGCGGUGAUAUGCAGAGGAAUGUCAGUCUCCACAUGGGAAUGCUUUCCCCCACUCAUGCCCAGUUUAAGAGCACUUCUCUUUUCCUUGACGUUUUUAAAAAAUAUAUGGGUUAAAGUGCAGAUGUUCACGCCGCACAGGGAAUGUUGUAGGUGCUGGUAGUUGACCAGCCUUGGCCUUACCCAUGACACGGCCAUCAGUCAACCUCUGUAACCCUAAUUCAUUAGUGCAGCUUGGAAAGGUUUUGCCUUAAACUAGGCCUGAAAUGUGUUAUGGCUGUUGGAUCACAUCCAGCUGUGUGAGACUGCAGCCAGUGUGAUAACUUGCUGGGCGCUGGUGCAACUUUAAAUGUUUUACAAUUUCAAAAGACAAUCAUCUUCCAAAUAUGUCAUAUUCCAUGGGAAAAGAAAGAAAUUUACUUUUUUUCCUUUGGAAAUUACACUGCAAAAAAGUUGUGUCUGAAAACAAGAUAAAAACACUAAAUAUGAGGGAAAUGAUCAAGUUAAAUCUGGAAAUAAGCAUGUUGUACCUUUAAAAUAAGAAAUUAACUCUUAAAACAAGAUAAAUUAAAGCUGCCAGCAGCGAUGAACUGGCCCGAGCAGAGUGCACUGACAAUUAUUAGUUUCUUACCAAGAUAAAAAAAAACUUUAGAUUUAGAAGUGUUAGAUCAUUGAUCUUGUUUUAAGAGUUAAUUUCUUAUUUUUAGCGUUCAACAUGUUUAUUUCUAGAUUUAACAAUCUUAAUUCAAGAAAUCUUGUCAAGGUAAAUUAUCUGACCAUGCAGCAAGAUCAUUUCCCUCAGAUUUACUGUUUUUAUCUUGUUUUUAGACACACCUUUUUUGCAGUGUGGUCACUGGUGCAACUUUAAAUAUCUUAUCAUUUCAAACGACAAUCAUCUUCCAAAUAAGUCAUAUUCCAUGGGAAAAGAAAGAAAUUUACUUUUUUUCCAUUGGAAAUUAGGGUUUAUGGACGUUAUAUAUCAAAGGGAAAAAAGGAGCAAACAAGAUUGCAAGACACAUAUAAUUUAACAUUUAAUUUAAUGGAUAAAUGUUUGUUUUUUAAAUACCUGGGGAAUCAAAGUUCCAUUUCAAAUUACACUGUAUUACAGUAUGGUUUUUUUUUCUUGAUAGACUGUGAAAUAUAAGAAACACCAAUGUCUUAUUCUGUUACAUGUUAAAAAUUGUGAAUUAAAAUUGUGACAAGG